AUGUGGUUGUGUUGUGUAGGUGCGAUUCGUACGCACUUGAUCAAAAACCUUUUUCCUCAGAAAAUAUUUCGUUUUCUUUUUACCAAUAAAAACCGACGAAAGCUUUGACAAUUCAUCUUCUUAUAUAUAUCAAGCACCGGGUCAAUCGUCUCGUCUACUUUUCUUCAGUCUCCUCUCCACAAAGACUCUGUUAUUUCCUCAGAGAAACAGAGCAAGACAAAAAUCAUUAAAUCUUUGAUAAUUCGAGAAGCAGAGAGGUUUCGAGAAGCUUAUUUUUUCUUUUCUUUUUAUCUUAUUAGGUGAAAAAAUUAAAUACAAAAAGGUCUCUAGAUUCAUUGAAUCUCAGAGUAGUUUUAAAAAGGUCUCACUUUAUCCACUUUUGAUCCAAACUAGUGAUAGUACUGAACUUACCAAAAUAAAAAAAAAAUUCGAUAUUUGGUUUCUUGAAAAGCUUAUAGAGAGAUGGAUGAGAGUAACCAUGGUGGAGGCUCACUCCCACCUUUCCUCACCAAAACGUAUGAGAUGGUUGAUGACUCCUCAUCUGACACAAUCGUCUCGUGGAAUCCUCAGAGCAACAAAAGCUUCAUCGUUUGGAACCCGCCAGAGUUUUCAAGAGACCUUCUUCCCAGAUUCUUCAAGCACAACAACUUCUCAAGCUUUAUCCGACAGCUUAACACAUACGGUUUUAGAAAAGCUGAUCCUGAGCAAUGGGAGUUUGCUAACGAUGAUUUCGUGAGAGGUCAGCCACAUCUUAUGAAGAACAUUCAUAGACGCAAACCUGUUCACAGUCACUCUUCGCAGAGUCUCCAAGCUCAGCAGAACUCAUCGACUGAUUCAGAACGAAAGAGAAUGGAGAAUCAGAUCGAGAGACUGGUUAAGGAGAAAGAAGCGUUGGUUGAGGAGUUACAUAAACAAGAGAAGGAACGAGAUGUGUUUGAGGAACAAGUUAAAGAACUUGAAGAUAAGUUACAACACAUGGAGAAGCGUCAGAAGACGAUGGUCUCGUUUGUCUCUCAGGUGUUGGAGAAACCAGAUCUUGCUUUGAAUCUCUCCCCGUGUCUACCCGAGAGGAAAAGAAGGUUCCCUAGGACCGGGUUGGAAGGUUCCACAAACCCUGAGCAUCAGGUGGAACAGUUGGAGUCAUCGAUAGCGGUUUGGGAGAGUCUUGUAUCGGAUUCUAGCGAGAGUAUGGGACAAGAAACAGUAAGCAUGAUGAUACUUGAUGUGGAUGAGUCAUCUACUUGUCCUGAAAGCCCUCCUCUUUCUUCCAUACAGCUGAGUAUCGACACGUGUCCCAAGUCUCCUCCUUCUCCAAGGACCAUCGACAUGAACUCUGAGCCUGAUGCUUCAAAAGAACAUAACACCGUUACUCCUCCUCCAGUAGAAGCAGUGAAUGAUGUCUUCUGGGAGCAGCUUUUGACAGAGAAUCCUGGCUCAACUGAGCAAAAGGAACUUCAAUCAGACGAUAAAGCUGAUGAGAACUGUUGGUGGGAUUCAAGGAAUGUAAAUAGAAUUACAGAACAGCUUGGACAUCUGACUUCUUGAGAUAGAGAAGUUGUUAUUAUGUUUAAGGACCCUCUACUUCAUAUCAGUUUAUAGUUUCUUGUAACAUAAGUUUCUUUUUUCUUUUCGGUUCAUGAUUAUUUUGAGUCUGGUUUUGCUUUUCAUCAUCACAUGCAUGUCCUUUCACUUCACUAUAAGUUGACAACAUUUGUUAAAUAAAUUUGUCUUUGAUAGA